AUGAGCAGUGGUGCGUUGCAGGAUCCUGUUCUUGCUAUCAGCGCACAUGUCGUAUUUGAGUCCCUGGCCGCAUUCUCACAUCGCCCAGCGAUUGCUUUCACGUCCCUAGUCGCAGGCCCUUCGCCCCUUGUCGACUUCAUUGCCGGCACUGCAGGAGGUUCGUUCACUUUUCAUGCUUGCUCAGUUGGCCUGGCGCAAGUCUCACAUCGCCCUCUCGAGUACAGGCGUUGGAUCCUUACUUGCUGGUCAUCCCUUGUGCGUCGUACGCCUCUGUGUCAGUCUGCGUCCCAUCGCUUGCGAGCUGACAUGAUUUACGACAUGUCGUGCUCGAUUGCAUUUGCGUAACUUGCUCUCCAAACACCAGCGAUACUGUCAAGACCCGGCUGCAGACUCAAAGCUCCGCAGCACAGGCAAGCUACGCGGCUCCUGCGUUUCCUCAAGAGGGCGCGCACGAUGGGUCUGCAAGGAGGACGUACCGGUCUGCGACGCAUGCCUUUCGGGUCAUUGUGCAGGACGAGAAGGUAAGUCUGCCCCAGUAAACGGCGGACAUAUGAGAAAAUUCCGCUCACACGGCUCGUCCAUUCAGCUAUUUGGGCUUUACAAAGGUGUCACGUCGCCGAUGGUGAGAGAUGACCAAGAGCCAAAGACCAUCCAGCUGACUGGACCACUAAGCUACCCUCGACGAAACGCUCUCCCCACUAGCUUGGCGUCGCCGUGAUGAAUGCCUCUGUCUUCGGGGUGUACGGCCUCGCGAUUCGCUGUCUACAAGCCAGCGCUCUUUUCGGCCAUCGGGACGAUGCAGAGGGAUACCCGGCAGAACCAAGCCUUGCUCAAGUGUUCCUUGCUGGCGCUGCAAGUGGCGUGAUCUCAGCGUGAGUCCAUUUCUCACGCCGGCGUUCGAGAUACACUCCUGAUGGCCGAAACGCCCGUUGCAUCGGCGCUGACCUGGUUGGUCUUUCUCGUGGCUCCAGGCUCAUCACCUCCCCCAUCGAACUGGUAAAGAUCAGGGAGCAGCUUGACUUCACACCCAAAGCGUCCUCGUCCUCACAUGCUUUGAGACCUUCGUCAACUAUGUCGGUCGUUCAGGCGAUUUGGAGUGAAGGUGGCCUGCGAGCGAUAUAUAGAGGUCUCGGGGCCACCUGCAUUCGUGAUGUGAGGGCUGUUCCGUUCUUGCACGACCUCUUGACACUUCAGAUGGCUCACAUGACUGCUUUCAACUGUCCGCGCACAGGUAGGCUAUGUGAGUGAUAGAAUGGACGACCUCUACCAGCUUUCCAGGCUAAGAACCGACUCUCAAAAUUGUGCCUUUCAGGGCCCUUACUUCUUCGUGAGUGUCGCCUUGACAGCCAUCGUCGUACCUGCCUGCCAUGUCUUUGACCCAAAUUUGGGCGCAAUGGCUUUUGGCAUGAUUUCAUUCUUAGACAUACGAGUACCUCAACCGUUGGAUCCUGACGACUCAUGAUCGACCCCUGCACGGCUCAGCGCUCGAAGGCUUGAGCAACGUGGAAUUAGCCUUGUCCGGUGCCAUCGCCGGUAUCGUCGGGUGGAUGUCAACAUUCUGGGCCGACACUGUCAAGACGAGAAUACAAGCGUCCAAGUUGCCCUUGCAAGCACGAGCUGGAGAUGCUGGCGUGGCAAGUGCAGACAGAAUGCGGCUUUGUGGAGGCGAACAACAUUCUGAGGGUUCGGUUGCGCAUGACCGAUCGCGCGGUUUCAUGGCGCAAGCUCGAUGCGUACAUCAAGAGGGCGGAUUGAGAGGUUUUUGGAAAGGCGCAGGUCCGACAAUUCUCCGGUGGGUCUCGCAACUCUUGCUGAUCUCACAGCAUAGGCAUUGGCCCUGACUUCUUGUCCCAAUCGGCAGAGCCAUACCCGUCAAUGCAACGCUCUUCAUCGUCUACGAGGCUACCAAGGACGCGCUCAUUAGUUGGGGAAUGUAG